ACUGCAUAUCCCUUUCCACGGGGGUGACGGCUGGUCUCUCUCCUGCUCCAGUAACUGGAGGUGCAAGCUCCCUCUUCACCGGCCUCAACUUCAUUUUUUAGAAGGUCCGGGCUGUGUUCUGCUGCUAAAACCAUGGCACCCAAAAAGAACAAGGCAACCAAAAAGAGCAAGGGAGACAUAAAUGAUAUGGCCCUGAUGGUUGAGAACAGCCCCAUCAACAAGAUUAACGGGCUGAACACUCUGCUUGAAGGCGGAAAUGGCUUUAGCUGCAUUUCGACUGAAGUCACUGAUUCUGUGUAUGCCCCGAACCUCCUUGAAGGUCUGAGCACCAUGAGAAACGAAAGCUUCCUCUGUGAUCUAACAGUCGCCACCAAAUCAAAGUCAUUUGAUGUGCACAAAGUUGUCAUGGCCUCUUGCAGUGAGUACAUUAGAAACAUCUUGAAGAAGGACUCGACCCUCCAGAAGAUAGACCUGAACGACCUCUCACCGGUUGGCCUCGCUACUGCAAUUACGUACGCAUACUCGGGAAAGCUCACUCUGUCACUCUACAGCAUUGGCAGCACUAUUGCUGCAGCCAUGCUGCUGCAGAUUGGCACCUUAGUGAAGAUGUGCAGUGACUUCCUCAUGCAGGAGCUCAGUGUGGAGAAUUGCAUGUACGUAGCCAAUAUCGCUGAUGCCUACGACCUCAAAGAAACCAAGGAAGCAACUCAGAAGUUCAUGAGAGAGAACUUCAUUGAGUUUUCUGAGAUGGAGCAGUUCCUGAAGCUAACCUAUGAGCAGAUCAGCGAAUUUCUGUCAGAUGAUUCCCUGCAGCUACCUUCUGAAGUUACAGCCUUCCAGAUUGCCAUGAAAUGGCUGGACUUUGAUGAGAAGAGGUUAAAGUAUGCGGCAGAUCUGCUAACUCUCAUCAGGUUUGGCACUAUCACUCCCCAAGACCUGGUGAAUCAUGUCCAAGGUGUGCCAAGAAUGAUGCAGGACCCCGAGUGCCACCGCCUCCUCGUCGAUGCUAUGAAUUACCAUCUGCUUCCGUACCAACAGAACAUCCUCCAGUCACGCAGAACAAAAGUACGUGGUGGUCUCAAAGUGAUUCUCACAGUUGGCGGACGCCCUGCCUUGACAGAGAAAUCUCUCAGCAAAGACGUUCUCUACAGAGAUUCAGAUAAUGUGUGGAAUAAGCUGACGGAGAUGCCAGCAAAGAGCUUCAAUCAGUGUGUUGCAGUCCUGGACGGAUUCCUGUAUGUUGCGGGGGGUGAGGACCAGAAUGAUGCAAGAAACCAGGCAAAACAUGCCGUGAGCAACUUCUGCAGGUAUGACUCCCGGUUCAAUGCUUGGAUUCACUUGAGCAACAUGAUCCAGAGGCGCACCCACUUCAGCCUCAACACAUUCAAUGGCCUCUUGUUUGCCAUCGGAGGGCGAAAUGCUGACGGUGUGCAGGCCUCCGUGGAGUGCUACGUGCCUUCCUCCAACCAGUGGCAGAUGAAAGCACCCAUGGAGGUCCCCCGCUGCUGCCACGGCAGCUCCGUGAUCGACGGAAAAAUACUCGUAUCUGGAGGUUACAUUAAUAACGCCUACUCCAGGUCUGUGUGCUCUUACGACCCCUCCACUGACACCUGGCAGGAUAAGAGCAGUCUGAGCACGCCUCGAGGCUGGCACUGUGCCGCCACUGUGGGAGACCGCGCCUAUGUGAUCGGCGGAAGCCAGCUAGGAGGGCGCGGGGAGAGGGUGGACGUCCUUGCUGUCGAAUCUUACAACCCUCAUAGUGGGCAGUGGAGCUACUGCGCACCUCUUCACACGGGGGUGAGCACAGCAGGGAUUUCCAUUUUGAAUAGCAAGAUCUAUCUCCUCGGUGGCUGGAACGAGGGCGAGAAGAAGUACAAGAAAUGCAUUCAGGUUUACAACCCUGACCUCAAUGAAUGGACUGAGGAUGAUGAGCUGCCAGAAGCCACAGUCGGAAUUUCAUGCUGUGUCGUCACCAUACCGACACGGAAAACACGAGAGUCCAGAGCCAGUUCAGUUUCAUCUGCACCUGUCAGUAUAUAAAGAAUUAGAUCAUAACAACCUUGUACUUUACAUGUCUGGAGGUUUCCAACUUGUCCAAGCUCCUGAAAAUGGUCCUUAGCUUUCAUAUUAUAUUUGGCAUCAGUAAAGCCAGGUAAUGGUUAUGAAAGAGAUAAAUUGAUGUAGUAAAUUAUUAAUUUAUCUUCUUUAUUUUUUCCUUUUUUUUGGACAAAUCUAACUCUGGGGCCAAUUCAGCCAGACUAAUUUUGUUAGCCUUUUUUCUACAGCAAAUGGAGUGCUAUUUAAAAAUCAAAUAUAAGAUAUAAAUUUCAAGAUUCCUGUUAAAAUUCACUUGCAGCACAACAAUUUUUUUUGGCCCAGUGCCAUGGAAACAAUGUAUGGUCUGACAGUCUUGUUUAUGGUGAUUAUAGCUACUGUGAUUCUCAGAUACUUGAAAAGAAGAAGAAGCUGGAGCUGGAAUAAGUGUUGGCGUCACCUACCAGGAGUAGGCGCUCGUGACUGGUGUUGAAACGCACCACGGAGCAAGACUGCAGAUUCUCUGCUUGUGUGCCACGUGCAGCAUUCUGCAGCUUUGCUCUGUAUGUUGUGUGAUCACCAUAAACACUAUUGCAGCAAAGAAAACAGGUUGGGGUUAGGAACGUGUUGGAACAAUGAGGGUUGAAUGAGUUUAGAUGUGAUGGUGAGACACUGUUUUUGUAAAAAGGACAAAAAAAAAGGAAGAAGUUAACUCGGGAAUGAUGUUCAGAGCCUGAGCUUUGCUGGAAAUCGUUAUUUAUGGAUUCCCUGACUGCUCAUGUGUUUCCAUUUUUUUUCUUUGUUUUAAUUAAAGAGAAUAAGGAUAA